UGCGCUAGAAUAAGAGCUUUAUACAAGUAUGUUACUAUUGUUGUCUUUGAGCAAUGAUAAGUUUCCAAUAAAACACAUUCAAUAAUUAGUUGAGUAAUUAAAUGUUACAUUACCGAUUCUUAGACAAGAUUACUUUGAUAUUGAAUGUAAAUUUGAACAAUAUAGUAAGAAAAUAAAAAAGGAUUUAAUUUAUGCAAUAUAAGAUUAUAGAAUAGUAUAUAAAUAUCAAAUAUAUAUAUAGAAAUUGAAAAGUAUGCCAAAUAUCUUUGGAGAACCUAAAAAUUAAGAAGCUAUUAAUAAUUUGAAACGAUUCACUUCUAAUAAAUUAGAAUACGAUAUCAAAAAUUAUGCUGGUGUAUUUCCUAUGCCUUAAUUAAUGUAUCAAAUUUAAAGAUUGUGUUAAUUCACUAAUUUUAGUUUUUUGAUUUGUGA